CUCAAAUCGGGGGGAGGGAUGGUUCUCAUCAGAACCCCCAUCGAAGUAGGAACCCAAGGAGAGAGAGGCAGAGACCACCCAUUUCCCGAGUCACAGACUGGCUGGUGGUGGGGAGAAACGGGCUCGCCGUGCAGAACGUGAAGGGAUCCCCGCAAAGCCAUCGCCCGGCGUCUUCAUGGCACCGCGGGGACUCGGGGCGGGCGCUGUCUGCCGGGCCUGAUGGGCACCACCGACCGGCACACCCGGGCACGUCGCAGCCGGUCCCGCGGCGCCCAAGGGAGGCGGGCCCCCGAACCGGCCCCCCGCGCGCCCCCCACGCCCCCGCGCGAGCGCGAUCCGCCGGCGGAAGUGCUGCGUCGUGCACUUCCGGGUGUUGUCUGGCCGCCGUCGCGCGUCUCGGGUCUCCCGGCCACCGCCCGGGUCGUGGAGCCAGGAGCGACGUCACCGCCAUGGCGGGCAUCAAAGCUCUAAUUAGCUUGUCGUUUGGAGGAGCAAUCGGGCUGAUGUUUUUGAUGCUUGGAUGUGCCCUACCAAUAUACAACCAAUACUGGCCCCUCUUCGUCCUCUUCUUUUAUGUCCUUUCUCCCAUCCCGUACUGCGUAGCGAGAAGACUGGUGGACGACACAGACACCAUGAGCAAUGCCUGUAAGGAGCUCGCCAUAUUCCUCACGACAGGCAUCGUCGUCUCGGCCUUUGGGCUCCCUGUUGUAUUUGCCAGAGCAAAUCUGAUCAAGUGGGGAGCCUGCGCGCUGGUCCUCACCGGAAACACAGUCAUCUUCGCCACCAUACUGGGCUUCUUCCUGGUCUUCGGGAGCAAUGAUGACUUCAGCUGGCAGCAGUGGUGAUAAAGAGCUACCAAGCUGUAGUGACAUGGACUUCUGUCGUCCGUCGGCCGUCCGCGCACAGGAGAUGGGGACCGGGAUGCUGAGUUGUGUAGCAAGCCCCUGGGGGUGUCCCACGAGCUCCCUUCUCUCUCUUGUACGCCUACUGUUUCCACGGGGACUUGCUAAGGAUUAAAAGGAUUUUCUCUUUUGGAAAAGCUUCACUGGUUUCCCACUUCUCUAGACUGCUUUCCAUGGUGUCCUGCUGAAUCUAAAAUACUUACGUGUUUCCCCCUUCUGUUGUUUUUAAAUCAGUAUGCAAUGUUAAACAUUUUCAAGAUGUAAUCACCGUUUUCAUUGGUUUAGGAAUUCAGAACUUCUGGCUGUAUUAUGGGCUAAAGUACAUAUUUUCUCUAAAAAUCAGUUAAUCUCCAUUAUAAAAUAUAUAUAUAUAUAAAGUUAGUUUUCAUUCAGUCAGGAUGCCAUCACUCCCAGGUGAAUGCAAACAUCCAGAGCGUUGACAUACCUUCUACACUAUUUACUCAGUGCAAGGAUAGCUGCAUUUAUACCUCAGGGGGGCCGAGUAAUACUGCCCAUGCCCUCCAUAAGGGUUGCUGGUUUCAUGAGUAGACAGGUGUUUUGUGAAUUGAAAAUUAUUUUAUGGAAUUGCUACAAAAGAGCGCUUUUCUCCUCAAUUGUUAGAACUUCUGUUAAACUUUGAGGUACACGUGUAAAACCAGUCUGGGGAUACAGUUUAUAUUUGUGUUUAUUACGGUCAAAGCAAGGGAAUUGCUGUGUGGGAAGAAGCGAAGCUGUAAUGUGGCCCUUUGAAUGCCGCUUCUGUUUAUAAGUGACAAGUCUGAGCUUCCGUCAGCCUCUCGUGGUUCGGAGGGUGACAUGGACAUGCAUGGGACAGUUGUGUGUUUGCAUUGUAGAUACUCAAAAACUCCCCCGCUUCCUCCUUUUAACUUAUUUUGUACAUUGUAUAUAUUGUCAGAGAUCUUUUCAAAUAUAGUUUAAUAGCAUCUAGAAAUGUUUGGCUACUAGGAAAACGAUCGCUACGCCAUACAUUCAGAGCGCCCCCUCCCCAUCAAGGCCUUGACUCGAUUCACAAGUGACUUGUUAGUCUUGCAGGUAAUCCAGGGACGGACAGUUGUAGGACUAGGACCGUGAUAGGAGCAGUCCCCAGAGGUUAGAGCGUGUGUAUUUCAAAAACACUUAAGACAGGCUUCCUGAUACCUCUUAGUUAAGAUCUGGUUUCAUCGCGAUAGAUCUGAUGUUGUAAAGGUAUUUAUUGUAUGAAUUAAUACAGAGGAGCCAAAUCCAGCUGUGUCACAGCUUCAAACUCAAAUCCGACCAAAAACUUCCCAAAGUGGCCAGGCAUAGCGGUCCUUCGCAUCUUCAAUUCUCAGUACGUAACUUAAGAGCUGGUUAUAAAAAUGUUCGCAUUGAUCCGACAGUAUUUUGUGAGGACAUUUGUAUGUUUCUUCAGCCUGCUUAUAUAAAGAGAAGUGUUCUGCCUUUAGCCGAAAAUGA